AGAAGAAAAGAGACUCAGCUGCGGCAAUUUGAGGCGCGAGCCCAGCACAACCUGCUCAGCUCCUCUCUGACUCUCUCCCUCCCUCCAGCUCCCAGUGCCCACAGCUGCAACCCCCAAUUUCUAGGUGUUAGAUUUUCUUGAUUGAAGCUGCAGCUAAGCCUAUAGCUGUCCGAAAAGAAAAGAGCAAAUAGUAGGUUAAAGAAUCUUAGUGUAAGUGUAUACAGGCAAGUCCGCGGUCCUCAUUAGAGUAUAGAAGAGCAGGCAUUAGGUGAGAAACACUAUGACAAACAUGGAGGAGGAUGAACAAAUAGCAACAGAUAAUGUAACAAACAGCACCAGCACCAACACCAACCAAACAACUUUGUAUUCUCCUCUACAACUAGAGGCAGAAGACGAGUACGGAGAUGAUGACGGAAACGACGAUGUCGGAGAUGAAGAAGAAGAGGAAGAAGAAGACGAUAUGAGUUAUAAGAUGAGAUUCGAAGGCGAGAUGGAUCCAUUGGAUUUCAUUGAGAAUGAUGCCUCGGCCGUUGACAAGUAUCAUCAAUUUCAGCGUAUCGAGAAUGAAUAUGAAGCUCUCGCUGCUCGAAAGCAAAGAAUCGGGGUUUUUAUACAUAUAUCUUGUGGCAGCAAUCCAUCAAAAAAGCUUAGAAAUGAUGACGAUCAUGUAGAAACGUUUGAAGAAAUAAUGGAAGCAAUGGCUUAUAAUUCAGGACGAAAACGGAGAAGGAAGAACAAGAAGAAAGGUAGGAGAAGGGGAUCAAAGAAAAAAGUUAAUCCAGUAGUGGCACGAAAGCUUGGUGAAGCUACACUUCAUUAUUCGAAUGAACGUUAUGAAGAAGCCAGAUGUCUUUUAAAAGAAGUUAUUCGGCUUGAUCCUUAUCUGCCUGACCCUUAUUACAAGCUUGGCCUCGUCUAUGAGCAACUUAAAGAUAAAAAGAAGCAAAUGGGUUGCUACAUGCUUGCUGCCCAUUCGUCACCAAAGGAUGGAUCUCUCUGGAAACUUCUUGUUCUAUUGUCUGUAGAAGAAGGUAAUAAUGAACAGGCUAUGUAUUGCCUUUCCAAAGCUAUUACAGCCGAUCCUCAAGAUCUCAGCCUUAGGUUUGACCGUGCUUCACUUUAUGUUGAGCUGGGUGAUUAUCUAAAGGCUGCUGAAUCGUAUGAGCAAAUUUCGCGGCUCCGUCCUGAACUUGUUGAAGCGGAGCUCCGCCCUGAACUUGUUGAAGCACUGAAAAAGGCCACAAAGUUAUAUCAAAAAUGCGGUCAGCGUGAACGUGCUGUUAGUAUUCUGGAGGAGUACGUUAAACGUAAUCAAACUGAAGCUGAAAUCAGCAUUAUUUAUCUUCUAGUAUCAAUGCUCAUCGAAGGCAGAGCAUAUAUCAAGGCUCUGAAUCAUAUUGAGCAUGCACAACAGGUGUAUUGUGCCGGCAAAGAAUUUCCAUUACCUUUAACUAUUAAAGCAGGAGUGUGUCAGGCUCACCUCGGAAAUCUUGAAAAAGCAGAGGCUAUUUUUUGUGUCUUGCAAAGGGGCAAUGCAUGUGAUCGUCCACAAAUAGUCACUGAAGUUGCUGAUUCAUUGGCAAAUCUUAAACACUAUGAACUUGCAUUGAAGUACUAUAUGAUGUUAGAAGCAAUUGGCGACAAUGACAGCGGUGUUCUAUAUUCAAGGAUAGCAGAAUGUAACUUACAUCUAGGCGAUCGACUACGAUCAAUUGAGUACUACUAUAAAGCUCUGCCUAAACUCAAUGACAGUGUUGAUACACGGCUAAAGCUAGCAUCGCUUCUUCUGGAGGAAAGCAAAGACGACGAAGCCAUAAGUAUACUUUGUCCUCCUACUGAUCAUGAGUGUACAUAUGAACACAACUUGGACAAACCCGAACUAUGGUGGACAAAUUUCACUAUAAAGCUAAAGCUUUCCCAGAUCUACAAAGAUAGAGGAUCCUUGGACUCCUUUGUCGAUACAAUAUAUCCCUGUGUUCGGAAGUCAUUUCUUGAGGCUAUUCAACAAAAGGAUAGAGCAAAGAGAAAGUUAACAAGAAGUGAAUUGUUUGAAAGAGCCAAAGUGCUAGACAAUCGUCAAAACGAUAAUGUAUUCCAUGGCUUUAGACCUAUGGCGUCAACGUCGGAUUUAACAAAAGCUACCAGAGCAAAGAAGUUGCUUCAAAAGAAAGAAGCAUUAAGGGAAGAAAAAAGAGCUGCUGCAUUGGCUGCAGGAGUUGAAUAUAAAAGCGAUGAAUCAGAUGUUGAACCUCCUCAAGUCACAAGGAGACGUCCUCUGCCGAAUCUCCUGGUAGACGAGGAAUAUCAUUGCCUCAUAAUAGAUUUAUGCAAGUCACUUGCAUCUCUUCAAAAAUACUGGGAAGCACUUGAAAUCAUUGAUAUUAGUCUGAAAUUGGCAUGUAGCACUCUCUCUGUAGAGAGGAAGGAGGAGCUUCGGUCCAUUGGAGCUCAAAUAGCCUAUAAUAUCGGUGAUCCUUCGCAUGGAUGGGAUUGUGCACGAUACAUAGUCAAUCAGCAUCCAUACAGCUUCGCUGCAUGGAACUGUUACUACAAAGUAAUUUCGAGGCUGGAUAAUAGGUAUUCGAAGCACGGCAAGUUCCUUCAUUCUAUGCGAGUAAAACACAAAGAUUGCGUACCUCCGUAUAUUAUAUUCGGCCAUCAGCUUACUAUGAUCAGUCAGCAUCAGGCAGCUGCAAAAGAUUAUUUAGAAGCUUAUAAACUGAUGCCAGACAAUCCCUUGAUCAAUUUAUGUGUAGGUUCUGCCUUAAUUAACUUAGCCCUUGGUCAUAGACUCCAGAACAAACAUCAAUGUGUCAUGCAAGGCUUGGCAUUCCUCUUUAAGAAUUUGCUACUUUCUGAAAACAGCCAGGAAGCAUUAUACAACAUAGCUCGUGCAUAUCACCACGUGGGUCUUGUUACCCUUGCUGCUACAUUUUAUGAGAAGGUGCUUGCAAUACGUGAAAAAGACUACCCAAUACCUAAGCUACCUAAUGAGAAUCAAGAUGGUGUCGAGAGUCGGAAGCCAGGAUACUGUGACCUUGGUAGAGAGGCUGCAUACAAUCUACAUUUAAUAUAUAAGAGUAGUGGAGCAGUUGAUCUUGCUAGGCAGGUGUUAAAAGAUCACUGCUCAUUUUGAAUAUGAACUCUACAUUGCAGACACUGGGUUCUGUUUUACAUUUAUUUUAAUGGAUGUUUGCAGAACUAUUGUUUAAUACUAGUUCAUAUAUCUUAUACAGUAAUAAUCGGAACUUUUGAUCAUUA